GAGGAGAAUGCCUGGCUUCUUGAUGCUUGCCUUCUCUCUUGCUGGUUCAAUCACAGAUAGCCGACAUGUCUGACGUCACUGUUGACUGGAUUGAUGAACACCAACGGCAGCGUUUAGAGGAAAUGCUGAUUGUUGUUAAUGAAAAUGACAAGGUCAUUGGUGCAGACACCAAGAGGAAUUGCCACCUGAACGAAAAUAUCGAGAGAGGGUUGCUGCACCGAGCUUUCAGCAUCGUUUUGUUCAACUCAGAGAAGAAAGUCCUGAUCCAGCGGCGAUCAGAUACUAAGUUGACUUUUCCUGGGCACUUUACGGACUCCUGUUCUAGUCACCCACUAAGUAACCCAGAGGAACUAGAAGAAAAGGACGCUUUGGGAGUAAAGAGGGCGGCAUUGAGACGCCUGCAGGCUGAGUUGGGCAUCUCCCAGGACCAGAUUUCUCUAAAGGACAUCAUCUUCAUGACAAAAUAUCAUUACCAGGCAAAAUCAGAUCCAACUUGGGGAGAACACGAAGUUUGUUACCUUCUGCUUGUGAAGAGGGAUGUUACUAUCAAUGCAGAUCACAGUGAAGUUAGUGGCUUCAGCUACCUGACCCAGGAGGAGCUCAAAGAACUUCUGGACAGAGGAGCCAGAGGGGAAGUGAGGGUCACUCCCUGGCUGAGAAUCAUUGCAGAGAGGUUCCUGUACUCCUGGUGGCCUUAUUUAGAUGAAGUGACCCAGUUUGUUGAGCCUGAUAAAAUAUACAGAGUGUGAGAAGCCAAGCAUCUGUCAUGAAACUGCCAGGGAUGGGGGCUUGUAGGGAGGGAGGUGCUGUACUUACAGAGAUCAUCAGAUGCAUAGAUAACUUAAAUUGCAUACCUUGACCAAAAUGGGGAGAGGAAAGUGCUGUUGAUUGCUAAUAAUCUAUAAAUAACUAUCUUUAAACCUCUGAA